GUUAGGUAAGAAAAGACCAGCCCCUUCCGGUUACGUAAUCCUAGCGAGAUGGCGGCCCCCGGGGCGUCCCUUCGCCUGGUGGCUCCAGUAUGGAACAGGGGUACCAGCGGCAUCCGUGGCCUGAGCAGGUCAGUGGACCCGGGGGGCAGUCAGAGGAAGGGGAGGACGCUGCUCCAGUUCCUGGCUGACCACUUCUAUGAUGUGGAGGCUGUGAGGGAGUACCUGCUCCAGAAGCAGGUGUUGAAGGUGCUCCGGAAAAAUCGGUCCUCCACCUACAUCAAGGAGCGAUAUGGCCCCUACGUCGCAGGUGCCUAUUUCAUCCUGAAGCAGGGAGGCGCAGUCAAGUUUCAGGACAAGGAGUGGAUGCGGCCAAAUGGGCGUGGUCUCUCUGGUGAGCUCUGGAAGCUCCGGGAGGUGCCUAUAGAAGCUGUUGACGCCAGCGGCUGUGCCAUCACCUACCAAGGCCUGGACAACCUCUUGGCCCUGAAGGAGCUCCAGUCCCUGUCGCUGCAGUGUUGUCCCCACGUGGAUGACUGGUGUCUCAGCCGCCUCUACCAGCUAGCCAACUCGCUACGAGAGCUCUCGCUGGCCGGCUGCCCCCGCAUCUCAGAACGGGGCCUCGCCUGCCUCCACCACCUCCAGAACCUCCGCAGAUUGGACAUCUCUCACCUUCCUGCCGUGUCCAACCCAGGCCUCACUCAGAUCUUGGUGGAGGAGAUGCUGCCCAACUGUGAGGUUCUGGGGGCUGACUGGGCCCAGGGCCUCAAGUUGGGGCCAGAGGAGCAGUCCCGCGACACAGCCAGCAGCCCCAUCCCUGCCUAGCCUUUGGCCCCGUCCGUGUGGAGCUGGGUCUCAGCUGGGCUGUGCUGAGAGGUUAACAGCUCACCCUUCUUCUAGCUUCCAGUUGGGUUCAUUCAACUCGGGGGGUCGGGCUAGGAUCAGAGGCACUGGCAGGUCAGAGGCAAGAGGAGUGAGGUGGCUUGUCCCCUACCGCGGGGGUGCUCUGGCUGGCUGCACCCUGGGGUGAAGCUCGCAGCUCCUGUCAGCCUGUCAGGCAGCCCUUUCCACACCAUUCUCUCCUUCCCAGUCCCAGGAACCCCCGUCUCCUGCCUCUUCAGGCCUGGGGGAGGUAAGGGCUUCUGGCUGCGAGUAGCCUCAGGGAGUUGCACUCUCCCUUGUGGUGCUCCCACAGCGCGCCCACCUCUAUGUCAAGAAACUUCUCUUGACUUUUGUCAGAGAAACCUCGACUUUUCUCAGAAGACUCCUGUAGGAUUAUCUCACUUGAGUGUGCUACUGUUUCCUGCCAGGACCUGACUGAUACAGAAGGUGCUAUGGGCAUUUUAUAGGGAUGGUUCUUCCCUGUGUGGGACGACUUAAGCUCACUGCAGGCUGAAGCAUCCCUGGGCCACACCCACUAAAUGCUGGGAGCAUCCCAAGCCCCACAGUGUUCUCGCUUAUUGAGUUACCGACUCAGCUCCAAAUUCAGCUGGCUUGUUUGCUCUGUGAAAAUUGAUCUGGGCCUUUGAAAUAUUUUUCCUUUGCUAAGUGGCCUGAUAAGGUUUGCCAGUAGAGGGCGCUCGAGAGACGUUCCUUGAGAGAGGCAAGGCUUUUGCUUUCUGGCGGCACUCAGGAGUGCCAGCUCAGCGGCCCUGCAGCACAUGACUGCCCUGCGCACCUGCUUCCUGAAGCGUCAGGUGGUCAGCAGCUUCCCCGGCACCCACCACCCCUGACCUGGCAGUUCUAUAGAGCCUCCACUGACGCACCUCCCUGUGAAUGCCUCUCCACCACACCCCUGAAGGUGGAUUUCCAGUAAAUUCCAAGGCACCUUACCAAUGAAUCUCCCUCCUUAUUUCACUUUGCUGUGAAAGUCAUUAAUUCUCUAUAUUAAACUUUUCCCUGUUCAAAUUACCGUAUGGUUUUUCUUCUCUCCAGACUGGAUCCAAACUGCUAGAGCACUGGCAUUUGGAGUGUUCCCAGAGAUAAACACACGAAGAUGGGAUCUGGGGCUUGGUUUCAUCCCGCCUUUGGCUUGAGUGCAUUGCUAAGCUCCUCGGCAGUGGGAAAGGAGACAUUAGAAAUCCAUGGGCUAAACGUCCAUCGACAGAUGAAUGGAUAAAGAAGAUGUACAUAUAUACAAUGGAAUAUUAGCCAUUAAAAAGAAUGAAAUAAUGCCAUUUGCAGCAACAUGGAUGGACCUGGAGAUUA